UUGGAGUCAGUCUGGGGCGCAGCACGGUUAAGGACCAGAGUAACGGGAGCUUUUUGUAAUCAAAACAAUGAGUUUACACAUGUAAACCUAACCAAGUGACCUAAAACAGGAAGAGUUUUCGUCCCCUCCUCCCGGCAUGAUGAGGACACUGCGCGCUGACAGCCACUCACUGAGCGAGGCUGGAAGUUGUUGGAGGACACUGACCAACCUGCUCAGGUGGUGCUAAGGAUGGUUUUGCAUCAUCAUACCUGGAGGUGAUCUUAAACUAUCUGUGCAGUUUUUCUCCCCUGAACCUUGAAGUGGCAAUGGUCCACUGGACCACCAAGUGGGGGUCAUGCAUCUGGUUCCAGACUCUACUGGCCUUUGCCUUUGGCAGUUGUUCCUCACAGAUCCCCAGCCCAGUCAACUUCUCUGUAGUUUACACCAUGCCCUUCUUUCAGGCACAGGGCCCCAUCCAGAGCAUAGUCAACAACUCCUUUUACCAGGAGGUGUAUGUUGCUUCACAGAAUGUCAUUGAAGCUGUUAACAGGAGUUUGGAAAAGGCCUGGGAGCUCCGCACUGGGCCUGUUGGAAGCCCAGAGUGUCAAAUAUGCAAUUUAUGUGAUAUUGAUAAGGAUUACAACCUCCUGGAGGACACAGAUAAUCAAGUGCUGGUGUUGGACACUCUUUUUAUGUAUUUAUAUUCUUGUGGAAGUUCUCAGUACGGUGUUUGCUAUUUUCACGAGUUGAACUCAAAUGGCAAACCACCUUCUCGGUCUAAGUGUUUAUUCAGAAAGCGUUCAAAUUCUGCUGCUUAUUGUCCAGACUGUGUAGCGAGCCCUCUUGGUACCAAAGUGUCAAUGGUAGAGGAGGGUCAGACUGUCUACUUUUUUGUUGCUGCCUCUGUCAAUGACAGUGUUACUCAGCGUUAUGGAAGAAAGUCAAUAUCAGUCCGAAGACCCCUGGCCACAGAGGAUGGUUUUUACAGUGAUGUGCGAGGCCUCACUGUUCUGCCCAACCUCAGGAAGACAUACCAUAUUGACUAUGUCUACAGCUUUUACACUCAGGAGUUUGUCUACUUCCUCUCAGUCCAAAGAGAGAGCCCAGAGCAGGACUCAUCGCCAUUUCAGACUCGUCUCGGACGUCUCCCACGGAGUGAGUGGGAAGUGAAGAGGUAUCGGGAACUAAUCCUGGAGUGUCGCUUUGAACCUAAACGCAGAAGACGGAACAUUCGCAGUGAACCGUACAAGGAUGUUGUGUACAAUGUGGUACAGGCAGCCUAUUUUGGCAAGGCUGGCAGGGAACUUGCAGAGGAAUUAGGUGCUGAAGAGGAGGAUGACAUCCUCUAUGGGGUGUUUGCUGUUACUGAUGACAACGGAGUCACAGAGAAUGACUCAGCUCUGUGUGCAUUUCCAAUGGACAAUGUGAAUAAAGCAAUCGUUGAUGGGGUUGAUGAUUGCUGUCGGUCUGGACCAGAGCAGCUCUCUAGAGGGCUUUGCCACUUCCAGCCUUGUGAAAGCUGUCCCCAUGAGAGCAUGGAAAACAAUGCCACAUGUAAGGACCAUCCUACCAUGGUGUCAAAGCCUUACUAUAGAGUGGACCUCUUCAACAGACAGAUGACAAACAUCCUGCUCACCUCUCUCCUGGUGACAACUAUCGAGAACAAAACUGUUGCUCACAUUGGUACCUCAACUGGACGUCUACUUCAGCUUGUGUUAACAAGAUCAAGCCCAGUAAUCUUUGCCAAUUACUCCUUGGUAGAGAACCAGAGGGUGUCUUCUGUUGCUGCUGUGUACUCUUCAGAGUAUCUACUUUUUGUAGUUGGAGAUAAGAUGAUUCAGGUACCCCAGACAGGUCCCGGCUGUCAGCACUUCAUGACCUGUGCAGUGUGUCUGACGGCCCCAAAGUUCAUGGGCUGUGGCUGGUGCUCCGGAGUGUGUUCAUGGGAGAGCGAGUGUCAGGGCCGCUGGAGAAACGAAUCCUGUCCUCCUGGGAUCAGUGGGUUUUUUCCAAGGACUGCUCCCCCUGAUGGACAAACAGAGCUAACAGUGUGUGGAUGGGAGUUCCAGUCACCCAUAAGACCUGCUAUCACCUCCAGAACCCACCAGGUCCGGUUGGGACAGACUGCUUGCACUGUGAUCCCACUCAAAAGCAACAGCACACAUUUAGUGUGUAAGAUUCGCUCUGGAGCCACUGAGCUGUUUAAGCCAAUCAGCAUUACUGUGGAGGUGCAUGAGGGCAAGGUGGAGGGCCGCUACUCUAUUGAUGGGAAAGCUGAAAUACCAGGGUUCACAUUUGUGGUUCCCAACAUCACAGAAAUCCUGCCCAAUUAUGGACCCCGUGUUGGAGGAACACUCAUCACAAUGACGGGGUUCCACCUGGAUGCUGGAAAGACUCGAAGAGUCACUCUUAAUGAUGUACCCUGCCCUAUAAAAAGGUCCAAAUCCAUCACAAACCAGAUUUCAUCUAUUAUCUGCUUGUCACAGCCUAUCUCAGAAGUAAGGGAUGUUCCACUGAAUGUUUUCAUCGACAAAUCUCCGGUGCGCACCACAAAGGUGUUUUACUACAAAGAAAAUCCAAGGAUUACAGGCGUACUACCGGACUGCAGCUUUCACAGAGGAUCAAAGAUUUUGAUUGAAGGAGAGAACCUUGACUCAGUUUACCGCACCAUAAUUCGCUUUAAACCCAAUGAGAGCCACCUAAAAGCAGUAACAGGGGAGUGCAUUGGUAAGUCGCUGCCCACGCGGAUGGAAUGUAUCACUCCAGUCUUCCAUAGAGAUGAGAGUGAAGAGGGACUGCUGUCUUUUGACAUGGAUGGAGCCCUGGGCCUUUGGAGAAAAGAGUUCUCCUAUCAUCCCUAUGGAGAACCCAUUCCCUUUGAAACAGAAGGACAUGUGCUCAGUUUGUAUCCAGGGUUUGAUGAAGUAUCCCUUCAUCAUAAAAAGCUAAACCUGGUGAGCUCCUGCAUGACCAUUAUCAUGACGGUAGCGGAUGUUGAUUGUGAUGCCAAAGUCCUGGAUAAUGAGAUAACCUGCAGGAUCCCCAAAAACAUCACCAUUCCCAGUGAGGGGCUGCCAGUGAAGAUCUCCAUCAAUGGGCAGGUUCACAAUGUUGGCACAGUGGUAAGGGUCAACAACCACUACAUGGUGGGAAUAGUUCUGGGAAUCCUGGCGGCUCUGGUGGCUGGAGCGGUGCUGGCCUUUGUCGUGAUGAAACAUUUAAGGAAGAAGAAGAAAGCCACAAUGAUAGAAAACCGUUUGGCCCACGGUGCAAACCGCUCAACAACAAACACUGUGGAAUUGUCUCCCAUCGGAGACUACAGGAGAGUCGUAUCCCUGAGUCCCCCCACGCCUUUGGUCGGGCCGGUGGUUUUUCGGGGCCUGGCAUACUCUGCAUGUGGCAGAGAUCCAGCACUCACCCCCCUCAUGCAAACAGAAAAGAUCUCUAUCUCCAGCUUUACACCAGAGUUGCUGGAAGAGGUGAAAGAUGUUCUUAUUCCAGCUGAGAUGCUUAUAGUGCAGCAUCAUCGGAUCAUUGGGAAGGGCCAUUUUGGAACUGUCUAUCAUGGCUACUUAACAGACUCCAACAACAGAGAAAUGCACUGUGCUGUCAAGUCUCUAAAUAGAAUAACAGAUGUCGAAGAGGUGGAGCAGUUUCUGAAGGAAGGCAUCAUAAUGAAGGGUUUCCACCACACCAAUGUUCUUUCUCUGUUGGGAAUCUUCCUGCCGCAGGAAGGGCUCCCUCUAGUGGUGCUUCCAUACAUGAAACAUGGAGACCUGCGGCACUUCAUACGCUGUGAGAAGAGGAACCCGACUGUAAAGGACCUCAUCGGCUUUGGGCUGCAGGUUGCUAAAGGGAUGGAGUAUUUAGCAACAAAGAAGUUUGUCCACAGAGAUCUUGCUGCACGCAAUUGCAUGUUGGACGAGUCUUACACAGUGAAGGUGGCGGACUUUGGUAUGGCCAGAGAUGUUUUUGACAAGGAAUAUUACAGUGUUCAGGAUCAUAGGAAAGCUAAACUCCCUGUCAAGUGGAUGGCCAUUGAGAGUUUGCGGACACAAAAAUUCACCACCAAAUCAGAUGUGUGGUCGUUUGGUGUUCUAAUGUGGGAAAUGCUGACCAGAGGUGCGAGCCCCUACCCAGAGGUGGAUCCUUAUGAUAUAACGCAUUACUUAUUGAAAGGCAGGAGGCUUCCCCAGCCACAGUAUUGCCCUGACCCACUAUAUUGUAUUAUGCUCCAGUGCUGGGAUCCUGAUCCAGAACUGAGACCCAGCUUCACUACUCUGGUUAUAGCUGUUUCCACAAUCCUGUCAAGCCUGGAAGGAGAGCAUUACAUCAGUCUGAACAUCACCUAUGUAAACCUGGACAAGCCACAGCCUUACCCUGCUCUCACAGAUUCCCCCGAUGAGUAUGACUCUACAGAUGUUGAAGACUCAGGCUCAGACUCAGCAUCUUCCUGA